AUGAAAGAAGAUGAAUACCAGACGAGACGAAUAAGGCCUUUAAAUCCGGCUGUUGUAAAUAAAAUUGCUGCUGGUGAGAUUAUAGAACGUCCAGAAAAUGCCGUUAAGGAAUUGUUGGAAAAUGCUUUGGAUGCUGGAAGCACGUCGAUAGAGGUCCUGUUAAAAGAUGGUGGAUUAAAACUUUUACAGAUUUCAGAUAAUGGUGCAGGGAUUCAUUAUGAUGAUUUACCUUACCUUUGUCAACGUUUUAGUACAUCAAAAUUAGAAAAGUUUGAGGAUUUGCAACAAAUCCAAACAUUCGGAUUUCGAGGUGAAGCUUUGGCAAGUAUUAGCCAUGUUGCCAAAGUGACAAUUACAACGAAACGUGAGGGAGAUUUACAUGCGUGGAGAGCGUUUUAUGUCGAUGGUAAGCUAGCUCCUGCAGCUCCUCAUAACACUUCAGCUCCUCAACCUUGUGCCGGCAAACAAGGCACAGUGAUUACGGUUGAGGAACUUUUUUACAACGUACCUGGCAGAAAGGCCGCUCUGAAACAUGGUAGCGAAGAGUAUCGCCGGGUUUUGAAUCUGAUGCAGAAAUAUGCCAUUCAUUCCGAGAUGGUGUCAUUUUCUUGCAAAAAAGUUGGUGAAACUGUUGCGUCUAUUUCUCUUAGCUCUCGAUUAUCUACAAAGGACAAGAUCCGUCAUGUCUACGGGACCCUUGCUGUAAAGCAUUUGAGAGUGUUGAAAAUUCCGGAAGGAGCUAUCAAUGUAGAGAGCUUUCACGCAGAUGGUUUGGUUAGCAGCGCUGAUUACGAGGAUAAAAAAAGCAUUUUUAUUGUAUUCAUUAAUAAUCGACUCGUGGAAUCUAUUGAAUUGAAAAACGCCGUUGAUGAAACAUAUUCCAAGUUUCUACAUAAAGGCGCAUCCUACUUUGUUUAUUUAUCUCUUUCAAUGAAGCCUGAGCAAUUAGAUGUGAAUGUGCACCCUUCUAAACGAAUAGUUCACUUUCUAUACGAUCAUGAAAUAAUUGGUGCCAUAAGUGAUAAGCUAGUAGAGCUUUUGGAAAAUACAGAUGAACAACGUUCUUAUUCCAUGCAAACCACAAUUCCAAGUAUCACAAUGGUUAAAACGCCUGAACUCCUAACGCAAAAAAACAAAAAGAUAUACGAAAACAAUAUGGUACGCACAGACCCUAGGGAACAAAGUAUAAAGGCAAUGUUCUCUUCCCCCAAAAAGACUGCCACUUUGAAUUCUAAUAAACAGAAUUCACCGACUAAAGAAAUGGGUAAUGAAGGAACGCCAGCUGAGCCUUUGAUGCAUCCGUCUCCUUCAUUUGAAGGAGCACUGGAGGAAGACGCGAGGGAAAAAUCCGAAGACCAAACCGUUAUCCCUUGUGAAUUAGAAAGUAUUAGACAACUUCAGAAUGAAGUUCUGAAUUCAAUGCAUUUAUUAGCUACAAACAUUCUUUCCGAGCAUAAAUAUGUUGGGCUGGUAUGCCCGUAUAAGAGGAUUGCAGCCAUUCAGCAUAACAUCGGUUUAUAUCUAGUUGACUAUGGAAAGCUAGCUUAUUUUCUUUUCUACCAAAUUUGUCUAAGUGAAUUUGCAAAUUAUGGAAAAAUAUACAUGAAUCCUCCAAUUCCUCUUGAUAAAAUUUUAGCUAUUUCAUUUACCAAUGAGGAUCAUGAGUUUUCUGAGAAAACUAGAAAGCUUUUGAUGGCCAGGCGGGAUAUGUUAAAUGAAUAUUUUUCGGUAGAUAUAUCUGCUGAAGGGUUUCUUAGCGCUGUUCCCUGUCUAAGCAAAGGUUAUAAGCCCUUUUUGAAUAGAUUACCGUUGUUUUUGAAGGAUAUUGCACCUAACAGGAUUGACUGGCUAGAUGAACGGUCUUGUCUAGAAGGAGUCAUGAAAGCCUUGGCAAAACUUUACGUACCUCUAAGGCUAUCGCCAGAGAAUACUGCUUCUGAAGAUAUAUUAUAUAUGGAACGAAUACUGGAAGAGUUCUUCUUUCCAGAAUUUCGCCGCAGACUGAUUUGUCCCAAAGAGCUUUUUGAGCAAAUGGCUAUUUUUCAGGUGGCCAGUCUGCCACGGCUGUAUACAGUUUUUGAACGUUGUUAA